UGAAAAAUCCCCUGCAGACUAAUAUCAAGGGUUUAGAGACAGACAAGAGGGAGCAGGUUGGGAUCUUUGGGAGAAUUGGAGUUGGAAGGAGUUCGUUGAUGAACCCUGUCAUUGGAAAAGGUCUUCUGCCCUCUGGAAAAGAUCCAGUGGGGUUGACAUCAGACAGAAAGGCUUGUCGGCUGGCCAAUGAUAAAGUGAAUCAACUAAAGCAUAAGUCGGAUCUUCAAGGCGAGGGCAGGAAGGAGAGCGUACCAAGCAAACGCCAGUGUGAAUCUCUGGGACCAGGUAUCUGCAUUUCUGUUGAAACACUGGCAAGCAAACACCCCACAGUGGACUCAGAGACAGCAAUAAAGUCCAAAGUGAAAAGUAAAAUGGAAAGUGUUGAUGCAAGGAUAGCAGCUCAAAAGGGCAUAAAGUUGAAAAAUUUCCUGCGGACUAAAAUCAAGGGUUUAGAGACAGACAAGAGGGAGCUGGUUGGGGUCUUUGGGAGAACUGGAGCUGGAAAGAGUUCGUUGAUCAACGCUGUCAUUGGAGAGGAUCUUCUGCCCUCUGGAGAAUUCAAAGCAUGUACAACAGUCAUGAUCAAAGUGGAGGCUAGCACGGAUGGCAAAAACGAAUUCAGGGCAGAGAUUGAGUUCAUUAAAAAAGAGGAAUGGAAAAACGAGUUUUGGUCCCUUCAGCAGUAUGUUACAAAAAAUGCAGAGGAUGUCACAAAAGAUGAGGAUAAAGACAUCACUGAGAAACUGUCAGCAGUGUAUGGAGAAAAAUGGAAAGAGAUACUAAUUGAGAAGCCAAUGGACUUAAGACACUUCAAAAAAAUUCCUGAAUUUCUCAAAUCUGAGAUCAAGACUCUGAAAUCUGCAUCAGCUAAAGGGCUAUCUCAAAAGCUUGUAAAAUAUACAAGAAAUGACUUAAUUCAAGAGGAAGAUGUAAAGAAGGCUUACUGGCCUCUGGUGAAAUGUGUGACCAUCAAGGUGCCAAACAAUGAUUUCCUCCAAAAUGUCACGCUCGUGGACCUUCCUGGAUAUGGAGACCGUAACAAGAGCAGAGAUGAAAUGUGGAGAGAGAUUGUUGGAAACUGUUCAACGGUGUGGAUUGUGACUGAAAGUGUCCGUGCUGCAUCAGAAAAAGAAACCUGGGAGAUCCUGGAAGAAGUCUGCAGCCUCAUUGGAAACGGUGGGGAAUGUCGACAUAUUUGCUUUAUCUGCACAAAGUCGGAUCUGCUCAAAAAUAAGAUUCUGAGAGUCAAGGAGGAAUUGAAGAAGGAAUUCAACAAGUCCAUCAAAAUUAAUAAACACUUCAGUGGGGAAUGUUUCGACGUCUUUACAGUGAGCUCCACAGAGUACUUUGAAGGCAAGCGAAGUCAGGACAACGAAAUACCAAAGCUUCAGGAGGUUUUGAAAAAGCUCAAUGGCUGCCACUCAGAGACCUUAAACUAUGUGUCUGGAGCACACGGGAUCCUCUCUUUGAUUAAAGGGGCCAGGCUGAGAGAAACAGCUACAGUAAAAGCAGCUGUGUGUAAAAAGCUUAAGGAAAACAUGAGACAUCAACUUACUGCAGUUAAAAAUGCUGUGGAGAUGGCUUACAACACCUUUGAGAGAUGCCUCAGUAAAGGAGUUGAACAAUCCAGAAGUUCAUGGGACAGAAGCUUGGAGAGCAUCAUUAAGCCUAAACAAAAAGGAGGUAUCAAUUUCCAGACAUUGAGGUGCAUUGUUAAGAAAGGCGGCAUCCAUACAACUGGAAGAGGAAGACAAAUAAACCUCAACAUGACGUUAGCUUCAUGCCUGCUUGACAGCAUCGAUGAUGAGUUUAGAAAGACCUUCCCAAAUGAAGGCAAAGACGGUCCAUUCUACGGGGUCAUCAACGGAUUUUCACUUGACACAGAGGGAUGGAUUCAUAGAUACAAAGAGGUGGAGCUGCACCUGAUAUUUCUGAAGACCGAGGAGGAAAAGAUUAAGAAAGAACUUAACAAAAUCAUCCUUGAUGGCAAGAAGAUAAUCUACAACAGUCUGACAAAGAAAAUCGAGGGAGUCAUGGAAGAUUGCUAUGAGAGAGCAGCAGAAAUUGAAGGUCCUGGUGCAGUGGCAAAAAUGACGCAAACCAUCCAGACACAUGUAAAAAAUUCAAAAUACAUGUUUGAAAAGGCUAAAAAGGCUAUGCUGACAGAGCUGACAGACCUGAAGUUGGUCAUCCUGAAGAAGCUGAAAAAAACGAUAACAAAAUCAAUCAAACUGUCACUGAAGACGGAUGACCACUCACUCCCAGACGUCUCAGAGGAAUUAAAGGCUGUGAAGAAACUCUACGAUGAACUGAAAGGCAUCUCGGCUCAGUAAACAUCAAACACUGGGCAAAGCUCAGGAAAAUUGCUUAUAUGAUGUUAGUGUAUGGGCUCAAUAUUAAGUCAUAAAGAUUUUACAGUUGUAAAUGAAUGUUUGCAAAUAAUUUCAGUUUGCAUCU